AUGCAGCCCCGCCUGUUUCGGCUGCGGCUGCUGGAGCUCGCUGCCGAGUACGAGGCCCAGCACGCAGCGGCUGCUCGCUCCCCCCGCCCGAGCGCGUUCGCCUUCGCCGAGGUGGUACUGCGGAUAGGCGUCUUAGGAAUCAUGAACCCCAGGGACAGGCUGUGGAAUCUAUUCGACAUUGCCAUCUUGCUUCCAGCGCUCGCCGAGGUUGCUCUUGACAUCGUCGUGCGCGCGUUCUUUGGCAAGGAUCGCAACCUCUUCGAGAACGGUGGAAUGGCGAGGAUGUUGCGCCUGUUCCGCCUUACCCGGCUUCUCCGCAUUAUUCGAACGAUACGCCAAUUGAAGCCUUUGCGAGUGCUUGUGCACUCUAUAAUAUCUGCCGGCAAGUCAGUUUUUUGGGCUCUCACGUUGCUCGUCAUGAUAGUGUUUGCCUUUGGAGUGAUCUUGACGCAGGCUGUGUCUGAGCAUACUGUGGGCGGCACGCAAAUUGCUGAUAGUGACCUAAUCAAGUAUUACGGAGCCCAGCUCAGGGAGAAGCAGGUUUACGCAGACCGUUUGAGAAUGCUCUUCGAGGAGAUGAACGCGGAUUACGAUGCUGAGUGCGAGGGGCUAACAGCAGCCGAUAUAUACGAACAGAUGGAGAAGCCAAAAGUGCAAUCGUGGUUCAAGGCUAUGGACAUUGACGCGAAGCAGACGUGGAAGUUGUUCAAGGCCCUCGACACAGCAAAUGCUGGCAUUAUCUCUCUCCAGGAUUUCGUUGAGGGGUGCUUGCAGAUGAAAGGGUCGGCUACCCGUGUGGACGUGGAGUCGCUCAAGUGGGAGAUAAGAGCUGCGAAUCAGCGCGCCGAGCGCAAUGUGGGCUAA